AUGGUCAAUUCUAAACCUACAGUAGUUUUCAUCCCAGGCUUCUGGCAUACCCCAGAAGGGUUUACACCUCUCUCCAAAGUUCUGGAAAAAGAAGGCUAUCCCUCUGUUCUGGUCAACUUACCCAGUGCAGGCGCUCACCCUGGGCACCCUGACUUCUCACAAGAUGUGGCCGCAAUUCGCAAGAUCGUUACCGAAUUAGCCGAUGAGGGUAAGGAAGUCAUAGUGGUGAUGCACUCCGGUGGAAGUGUUAGUGGCAGCGAGGCUUCCCGUGACUUGGGUAAAAAGGAACGCCAAGCUGAAGGAGAGAAUGGUGGGAUAGUGAGAGUCAUUUAUAUUGGCAUUCUAUUACCCAAGGCAGGGAAGACUAUGUUUGAGACAUUUCAAGGCGUGCUUUCGAGUCCGGAUUUGGAUUCGGAUUUUGUGAUUGAUCAGGAUCAGAGCUUUCAUGUCUUUGCUGAGGACGGCACUUCAACUAUCACUGACGGCGAUACGAGAUUUUAUAAUGAUCUCUCUGCAGAAGAUGCAAGAUAUUGGAGCAGCAAGUUGACUUCGCUUUCGCUAGGAGUUGGGAUGUCUCCAUUGACCUACGAAGCUUGGAAAUACGUACCUUCAGCGUAUAUCAUGCCACUGCAAGACAAAAGCAUUCCGUUGAAGCAAGUUCGGCAGAUUGUAAAGGAAGCAAAGAUUGAGAUGGUGUUUGAAAUAGAGACAGGGCAUUCAAGAACAGCUUAUGGUGCACAACCUCUAUCCAGACCAGUACAGGGUGUCGGAGCAUCAUUGGAUGCAAAACGCUUUCCAAGUUCAAUUCUCAGGGAUAUCUUGCAAGGAAUCCCCGAUGAGAAACCAUACCCGGCACCGCAAAGAUUCUGGGACCCAUACACUCCCAAACCACCAGUAAUCGUUUCCGAACCAGUUAAAGUGCCCGAAACGUCGACUUCGCGAUUGGAAUCGAGUGCUGUGCCGCUGCUUUCACCAGCAUUAGACGACCGAGAAGAAGCAAAGACCGUCCUCUAUCUAGCCUAUGGCUCCAACCUCUCUGCCGAGACCUUCAAGGGGAAACGCGGCAUUAAACCCUUGAGCGCGGUCAAUGUUCAUGUUCCUGCAAUCGAUCUCACAUUCGAUUUAUGCGGGAUACCUUACACGGAACCCUGUUUCGCAAAUUGUCAAUACAAGAAAGACCAAUCAAAUUCUCCUCGGACAAGAGAUUACCACAAGACAAGAUGGCAUAAGGGAUUGGUUGGUGUAGUCUACGAAGUGACUCGUGAGGACUAUAGGACUAUAAUAGCUACCGAAGGAGGUGGCUCAUCAUAUAAAGAAGAAAUCGUGGAAUGUUUUGUUCUUCCGAAAGGUAGCAAGACUGUGAACCCAAAUCCCAGUAGCAUACCAUUUCAGGCAUACACUUUACUCUGUCCGUUCAACAGCAAAGAUGCGAACCGCAUUGUUCGCCCAGAUCCAAACUAUGCGCAACCAUCUGCACGAUACCUGAAGUUGAUAACCGAUGGAGCUGAGGAGCAUAACUUACCGGAGGAGUAUGUCAAUUACCUGCACGGCAUUAGAUCAUAUACAGUCACGACAAUUAGACAGAAAACAGCGCAGAUCAUUAUCAUGACCUUUAUAGUGCCUAUCAUUCUGGCGCUGUUUGGACUGGGGAAGAUUUUUGCAGACAAGAAUGGCAAGCUCCCGGAUUGGCUAGCUAACGCAAUGCGCACGCUAUUUAGAUUCGUUUGGGUGGCUUAUGAUAGAAUUCUGAAGGAUAAAUUUGGCGAUGGAGAGAGGACAAUAGAGAGGAAAGGGAUUGAUAUUGAAGAGGUGGAUUUAGAUAAGAGGUGGGACGAGAAAAAAGUGUCUCUUCUGUGA